AUGGCGGGUAGCUGCUCCUCCGCCGCGGAUGACUCGUUCGGACCCGUCGUCGCGUGUCCAGCAACAUUUGACUUCACUCUGCUCUUCGAGCAAAGUAUCCUCUCCAUUGGCCCAUCCGCCAUAUUUCUCCUCCUGGUUCCGUGGCGAAUCUGGUCGCUCUACCCAGAGAAUGUCAAAACCGUUGCAAACAACGCCCAUUGGCGGAAACUGGUCAUUUGCCUUGUCGCUCUCCAGAUCGCCUCAGUGGUCGAAUGGGCGCGCCAUGACCUAGUCCGGACUGCCAUUCCUGCUGUCGCCUUGUCGCUGGUGGAUGCUCUCUCGAUAGCUAUCCUAUCGACUAUCGAGCACGAUCGCUCGGUACGCCCAUCCUCGCUAUUGAGCAUCUAUCUCCUCUUGUCAACCCUCUUCGACGCUGUGCAAGUGCGCACUUUGUUUAUCCGACAUUACCCAUCUACUUUGGGGGCCCUUUCUGCAGCAACUGUUGCACUGAAGCUCCUUCUACUGGCUCUGGAAACCCGAAAUAAACGCAGCUAUCUGAAAGAACCACUUCGUGCCAUACCACCCGAGUCUACCAGUGGAGUAAUUGCUCGCACUGUUUUCUGGUGGCUGAACCGUCUAUUUGUUAGCGGUUUCCGGAAGCUGUUAACACUCGAGGAUCUAUUUCCGACGGACAAAGACCUGAGCUCGGGAGGCCUGAGGCAAAAGAUUGGAAAGGCCUGGAAAAAGUAUCAGUCCAGCCAAACACGUAGCCUAAUUUUUGCGACCUUCAUCAGUCUGCGUUGGGCAGUACUUCGUACUAUUUUCCCAAGGCUCUGCCUCAUCGGAUUCAGCUAUGCUCAGACAUUCUUCAUCCAGCGUGCCAUGGAACAUCUACACAUGCCAGAUACGCAGCUAACCAGAAACGAAGGUUACGGAUUGAUUGGGGCCGCGGCGCUCAUUUAUGGCGGAAUUGCAAUAUCAACGGUGCAUUACAAACAUCAAUUAUUUCGUAUGAUCACGAUGUUCCGCGGCGCAACUGUUGCCUUGAUCUAUGACCACACUAUGAUUCUUCCAGAUGGAACCCGCGAUGAAACGGCUGCGGUUACGCUAAUGAGUACUGACAUCGACAUGAUCGCGCGGUCUCUGGAGCAGGCGAGCGAGCUGUGGGCCCGCGUGGUGGAGAUCGCUAUCGGUAUCUGGCUGCUAGAGCGGCAACUCGCUGCUGUUUGUGUAGCCCCGAUUUUGGUGAUCCUGGUGUGCACAUCAGUCCAAAUGUAUAUGGCUACGUUUAUGCCCGCCAGGCAGAAAGUCUGGGUUGGUGCAAUCCAACGGCGAGUCAGCAUAAUCUCCACGGCGCUAAAAUCCAUGAAGAGUGUCAAAAUGCUCGGUCUAUCCGAAGUGCUCGCCAAUUCUCUUCAGAAGCAACGAGAGCGUGAACUAGACUUAUCCAGGGACUUUCGAUGGCUGAUCGUGUGGCUGAACGUGGUUGCGAGUUUGCCUCAGAUGUGUGCCUCUCUCGUCACGUUUGCGGCUUUCGUUAUUCGCGCAAAAAUCGAUCACUCGGAGACACUGUCGACCGUACAAGCGUUUACAUCCCUUGCCAUCAUUAGCCUUAUCACGAGCCCUGCGCUACAGUUACUGGCAUCCAUCCCGGCGAUAACUGCCGCUUUGGGUGCUUUCGAUCGCAUUCACAAAUUCCUCACUUCACCCACGGAUUGCUCACCCACUGAGGAGGAUCCUGGCACUGAGUCAGAUACCUCUACUGGAAAUGGGUCGGCGAUAGAAUUAAACGUAUUGGCACCGAAGGCACCCGACCAUGUCGCUCUUACCAUGACGGAUGCGUAUAUCCGUCCAGCCACGGGAUCCGCGUUCUCUCUUGAGGGCAUCCAUCUAGCCAUCAAGACGGGUACAGUGACAAUGAUUACGGGCCCGGUCGGAUCUGGGAAGUCGACUCUGUUAAAAGCGGCUGUAGGGGAGAUACCUUGUGAACAAGGAACUGUUACACGAACGCGGCCAGACGCGGCUUACUGCAGUCAAGUUCCCUGGCUCCAGAACACCUCUAUCCGCAACAACAUCUGUGGAUAUUCUGAGAUAGAUUAUACCUGGUAUAAUGAGGUACUGAGGACAUGUGCAUUACAAGAGGACAUCUCUCGAAUGCCGGGGGGUGAUCAGUCCGUGGUCGGCAGCGGGGCUCUCAAGCUAAGUGGGGGACAGAAGCAGCGUCUGGCACUGGCUCGGGCUAUCUACUCUAGAAAAGUACUUCUCGUGCUGGACGAUGCGUUAAGUGCCGUUGACAACAAGACCGCACGGUAUGUCGCAGAGGCUUUAUUUGGCGAUAACGGAGUAUGCAGGCGAAUAGGUAUGGCUGUAAUGAUGGCAACUCAUUUGGAUCAGCAUCUCCGCUUCGCAGAUAACAUUGUCAUAUUAAAUGCUAAUGGGCAGAUCGAAAAGCAAGGCCCCAUGCGGAGCUUAGGCUUCGCCUCGCAUGUAUAUCCUGACACUACGGACGCUAAUCCAGAGACCCCAACUGCCCUCACUAACAGCGGAGAGGAUUCAUCCACAAAGAAAGUUGAAACCCUUACUGUCGAUGACAUAGCCGAUAUAUCCCGUCGUAUGGGGGAUACUGCAGUCUACACCUAUUACCUGAAGGCUAUCGGAUGGCGCCACACGCUGGUUGCCUGCACAAUUAUUAUUGUGCACACAUUCUCCUCUGUAUUCCCUCGUAAGUACAAUUCUGAGCGGCCUUUCGACUCGGCUAAUGAGUCUGUAGAGAUAUGGUUGGAGUUAUUUACGGAUGACCAUGGAAAUAAGGCCGCCCAGUUCAUUGGUGUCUACGUCCUACUUGCCGUAGCUGCCUCAGGGUCACAGGGGCUAAUGAUAUGGCAAAUCAUGAUCAAAAUUGUCAUCACGUCAGGAUUGGGACUACACAGAAUCCUUGUGCGAACCGUAAUAAAUGCACCGAUGUAUUUCUUCGCCGAGGUUGAUUCUGGCGUCAUCCUCAACAGGUUCAGCCAGGACAUGACCCUUGUCGACGCUGUACUGCCCACAAUGGCUUUUGGCACAGUCCUGAGUAUUGCACAGUGCUUCGCUCAAGUUGCCUUGAUUUCGCUGGGCUCUAGCUAUAUGGCACUGACAAUUAUCCCAUGCUUACUGGUAUUAUACUGCGCGCAAAAAGUCUAUUUGCGGACCUCCAGACAGCUCCGGUUCCUCGAUCUGGAAGCCAAAAGCCCAUUGUAUACCAUGUUCGUGGAGACUCUUGACGGAAUUUCUACAAUUCGCGGCCUUGGGUGGCAACGAUCAUUUGUAGCAGAGUGCUUGCGCCGGCUUGACGCUUCUCAAAAACCAUACUACCUUCUAUAUUGCAUCCAGCGAUGGCUCAAUGUUGUUCUCGACCUUCUUGUUGCUUGCUUGGCUGUCAUACUAAUUGCCCUGGCAACAUCUUUACGGGGCUCGACCGAUCCGGGGAAGCUGGGAGUUUCCUUGACUGCAAUCAUGGCAUUCAGCCAGACUCUUCAGGAAGUUGUGACUAGCUGGACUGGCCUGGAAACAUCCCUUGGCGCAAUAGCACGGACAAGAUCCUUUGAGAUGAAAACACCCGCUGAGCAUCAACCCCAGAAACCAGUGAUCCCUUCAUCGACUUGGCCAGUUGACGGGAAGAUUGAGAUCACCUCUCUUUCUGCCUCAUAUGAUGGCGUCACGCGUGCGUUAGACGAUGUAAAUUUAACCAUACAUUCUGGAGAGAAAGUGGUUGUAUGCGGACGGACUGGCAGCGGGAAGAGCACACUGGUCUCGGCCCUUCUCCGGCUCCUUGAAACCCAAAGCGGCACGAUUACAAUUGACUGGAUGGAUAUCUUCACCAUUCCACUAGAUGUGCUUCGAACCCAUAUCAUCGCUAUUCCCCAGGACACUUUCCUACUUCCUGGAUCUAUCCGCUUCAACCUGGACCCGACUAGUCGCUCUACAGACACAAUUUUGAUCUCAGCAUUAGAGAAGAGUAACCUGCUUUCUCUGACCACAUCUCGUGGUGGACUGGAUGCGGAAUUGACAUCGACCACCUUAUCCCAAGGCGAGCAAAGACUGUUUGCAUUAGCAGUCGCCCUGGUGCGGAAAUGGAAUCGCGACUAUGAUGGUUGCAAUUGUGGCGGCAUAUUGAUUCUCGACGAAGCAACAAGUGGGACGGAUGCUGUCACUGACGCGCUGAUGCAGAAGGUUAUCGAUGAUGUGUUUGGUCGAUAUACAGUCCUCCAUGUAUCGCACCGGCCUGAUAUGGUGAAGGGUGCAGACCGAGUGAUUGAGAUGGAAGAUGGUCGUGUACCACCCGAUUCACAGGGAGUCUAUAUCCUGCGCCGCAAGAAAGCGCGCCAUUCUGACACGGCAGAUACCCGAUCUGUGCAGUCGCCUGUUUUCGCCCAGCGUGGACCCACCAGCGAGGCGCAUGAGGGCGAGGAAAGUAGGAAAAUGGCAGUUGCGACCGUGGGAGGGGGCAAGGUUGCUGCAGCAGGAUGGUAA